CUCUUCCCCCCGCGCUACCAAAUCGAUUCGUUGCAAAUAGUGAAUACCAUUGGCUCAAAUAAACAUCAAUCUUCAAGAUGCGUCAUCUGAUUGGUCAAUGGCCACGAUGAAGGCGGUAUCUAAGCGGAGGGACGUUUUGCUUGUGGUGGUGGUGAGGUGAGUUCACAACACUCUAGGUUAAACUGCUCAGGGGGCGUCACAUGGCCAAGGAUUUUUACACUUUCACCUAAAAGCUGAACUCUCACCUACUCCUCAAACCGGACCAUUCAGGCAAGAACAUGGCAGGCAUCGGCAGGCUCUCCACUAAAGGCGCAGUGCUCCUGCUGUGUGACAUGCAGGAGAAGUUCAGACCCAACAUCUUCCAGUUCACCAACAUCGUCAGCAACGCGGCCAGAUUGCUCCAGGCCAGUCGUGCCCUGGGCAUCCCCCCCAUUUUGACAGAGCAGUACCCUAAAGGCUUGGGUCCCACAGUGCCAGAGCUGGGAGCAGGGGACCUGAAAGCCCACACUAAGACCAGGUUCAGCAUGCUGACAGAUGGGGUGUUGAACGAGCUGCAGGCCCUGGGGAACCCCAAGCAGGCUAUCCUGUGUGGGAUAGAGGCGCAGGCCUGCAUCGCGUGCACAACCUUUGACCUGAUCGAAAAGGGAAUAGAGGUCCACAUUGUGGCCGACGCCGUCUCAUCUAGAAGCCAGACCGACCGGCUGUUUGCUUUGUCCCGGCUGAAGCAGAGUGGAGCUUUCCUCACCACCACAGAGGCUGUUCUGCUGCAGCUCGUCCAAGACGCCAAACACCCCAACUUUAAGGAGAUCCAGAAGCUUUUGGCCCACCCGUCCCCUGACACUGGCCUCCUUGCCUUCUUCAGCUCCCUGUAGGGGGCUCAUCACUCAUCAUUGUGUUCCAUAAAUACCGCACAGAAUUUCACCACUUCCAACACAAAUCUGUUAAUUGCAAUAAACUAAUG